AUGCCUACAGGUGAGACGGUUGCCGUUAAAGUUCUUGGUGCUAAUUCAAGACAAAGAGAACAAGAAUUUUUGACUGAGGUUCUAUUACUUGGAAGAUUACAUCACAAAAACCUUGUGGCUUUGGUGGGAUAUGCUGCGGAAAGAGGACGACAUAUGCUCCUUUACAUUUACAUGAGCAAAGACAGUCUUGCUUCUCAUUUAUAUGGAAAAGAUUAUGAGCCAUUAAGCUGGGAUUUGAGACUUAGCAUAACACUAGAUGUUGCAAGGAAAACUGAAAAUACUCAUGGCAUUGAUGAGUUUAAGUACAGGAACAUUGGGUUUGUUUCUGCAGACGUGGGUCUUGAUGCUGAUAACUGCAAGGUUCUUGUGGGUAUUGAGCAGCAGAGUCCGAAUAUUGCUCAGGGCGUGCAUGGACAUUUCACCAAGAAGCUUGAGGAGAUUGGUGCUGGUGACCAGGGUCAUAUGCUUGGUUAUACUACUGAUGAGACUCCUGAGUUUUCACAAAAAGAAUUCACUGCGGUAAAGGAUAAAUUAAUCAGUAAGAUUUCAAAAUUCAAAAAAUCCCAAAUUUGGAAUUAG